AUGUUCGAUGCGUUUCCUCGUCUACAACGUCCAGUCAAUCUCAUCGCAAAAGGCUACGACGGCGGCGAUUGCUGCGAGUGCACCUGCGUCGACGCCUCUUUUACCUGCGGCUACGGGGGCUUCGCCUGCAUAGACCCGUCCGCCGCGUGUGUAGACGACGAUAACAUCACUGAAGACAUUGCAGAGAGCUGCAAUGAUGGUGGCGGCUACGUUGCCAGCAUUGGCGAUGGCUUUUGCAGCGAUGAAAACAACAAUGAAGUAUGCGACUACGACGGCGGCGACUGCUGCGAGUGCACCUGUGUCGACGCCUUUUAUCCCUGCGGCUACGUGGCCUUCGCCUGCAUAGACCCGUCGGCGGCGUGCGUAGACGACGAUAACAUCACUGCAGAUAUUGCAGAGAGCUGCCAUGAUGGUGGCGGCUACGUUGCCGGUCUAGGCAACGGCUACUGCAACGAGGCAAACAACAUCGAAGAAUGCGAUUACGAUGCUGGCGACUGCUGCCAGUGCACCUGUGGGAUUGAGUCCGAUGACCUUAGCGACUUCUCCUGCGUGGACUUUGCUUGCGUUGACCCGAACGCACCGUGUGUGGACGACGACGUCACCGAGGGAAUGUUUGAGGACUGCUUCAACUUCGGCGAUGGGUUCUGCAACGACUAUAACAACAAUGAACAAUGCGGCUAUGACGGUGGCGACUGCUGCGAGUGCACCUGCGUGGUUGAUUGGUCCGCUGAGUUCGGUUGCACCGAGUUCGCAUGUAUUGAUCCAACGGCUCCGUGCGUUGACGAUGACGACGUUACGGCUGAUGCCCUGGAAAACUGCAUGAUAGAAUAUCUUGGCGACGGAUACUGCGAUACUUACAACAACAACGAGAUAUGCGAUUAUGACGGCGGCGACUGCUGCGAGUGCACGUGUGGAAGUGACUCUACAGACGUGCUUGUUGGAAGCGACUGCUCGGAUUUCGUGUGCAUCGACCCAACGGCGUCAUGUUUCGAUGAAAGCAUCACGGUCGACAUGUACGAGUACUGUGACGUCGAAUUACUCGGUGACAGCAUAUGCCAGCCGUCCAACAACUUCGAAGUAUGCGACUAUGACUUCGGCGACUGCUGCGAGGCCACCUGUGGGGUCGACUCUUCUGGAACGCUUGAUGAGCUUUCCUGCUCAAGUUUCGCGUGUGUCGACCCCCGGUUCGUCACGCCAUCACCGACUCCGGCACCUCUCUCCUCGGAGUGCCUAGACGACCCCGCGUGCGUGGAUGGUACCCGCGGGCAGUCUGUCGACGACCAAGAUACGCAAGAACGUGCGAUCAUUGAAGGUUCCAUUGCGGCAUUUAUUGUCACCGUGAUCAACCUACUCUACCUCGUCUUUCACAAGAAGGGGGAAGAAGCCGACGAGGUCCAUUGCUCCCUGCUCAUGAUGGCGUACGCGUUUUCCGUGGUGGAGGGAAUUUCUGUCAUUUUCUUGGUGCCCGACUCAAAAGAAAAACUCAAGAUCGGAGCGGUUCUUUUUUUUGGUGUUGUGGCUGCUGGGUCUGGUUACCUCUUGCGCAAAUCUGGCCGUGACGUAGCAUUAUCGAUCUUGAACGCAGUUUUGGAAGCGUUGUUUGCCUUGUUCGUUUUGUUGUUUUUCGUGGAACAGUCCACUCGAAACAUCUUCCUGUUCGGGAUUGUAGCUGGUAACGAGGCCCUGGUUGGUUUCGCUAUCGCUGCACGUGUGGGUGGUACACCCACCGGUGGCGAAAAUGAGGCCGAAGCAACCACCAGUGGCGAAAAUGAGGCCGAAGCAACCACCAGCCAACAUGAGGCCGAAGCAAAGUGCGAAAUAACUUUUUCUCUUGCGGAGGCACUGGGCGACAUGCUUUUCCCGUUGAUCGCAACACAGGUUCAGUCAUGGUUUCACCGUGAUAGUGCGUGGAGGUCGGGCUUCGUUUUGACGUGGUGGGGGAUUUCCGGGUUCGCCAGCACGUCCGCGAUUUGUAUGUGUUUCAUGCCUCCUAUGAACAGAAUUGCCUUCGGCCCAAAACUUGCGUGCAAGUCCCUGAUAAUUUUCAAUUUUAGUCAGGGUAUCUUGGCCUUUGUGAUCCUUACGCUGACCGAGGUAAACAUCACAAAUCCUCCGACGUUUGACAUCGCCUGGAGUAGCGUGUCAGGGGCGCUUGGUGUGCUAUUCGCUUUGGCUUGCUGCAUACUCUUCGAACAUAUUCGACACAUCCCUGACAGUCAGAGUGUCGGGGUCAUUGUGAGCUCAUUGAAGCGUGAGCUGGAGGACAUUCCAGACGGUCAGUCGAGAUGGGACGUUGUGAUGAGAGUGUUGCGUUCCUACUAUCCGGGUGGGGAGAAAGUGGAAGACAAUGGACCUUCUGGUGCUUGAUUCGGUUUCGAUCUUCUCCAUUUUGUCUUCCUUUUGAAAAUAGCCAUUGCUUUACUCACAGUUUGUCGCUCACGUACAUCUGCUCAAUGCGAGUUCCCACGUUUUCCCGGUGUUUUUCCUUUGGGACCUGUCGCAAACUUCAUGGGUGUUUGGUCUGUUUCGGAGGGCUGCACCCUUCCGUGCGUCACCCGUGUUGAUUUCCAGUGCUCCACGUUCUUGCUGCUUUCUUGUAAUACCGCAACAAGCUGGAAGCCAAUGCAGUUGCGUUGUUGCCCCUCCCGUGGUUGUAGUUUGCGAGCAGCUGCUGACCGAGUUGAUGUUGGCGUGUCGUUUUCUGUUUUGUCUUGCAGUGUUCUUUUCUUUUGUUGGUUCCAUCUCGCGAAGCGUCGGAAGAUUUCUAG